GCUAACGACAGAUGGCGGUCGACCGAAUUGGGCGUUCAUAACAUAAGUUGGUGAGAAAACUAAAUAAGAACAGUUGGGAGUAGCUACACGGUUCGCACAACGCAUCCUGACGCCGCAGUCACAAUCUGCAAUAUCUGAUGAGCGGUGACAGAAUCGAUUACAACGGGGAACUUCGGCGACAGUUGCAUUGACAUCACCCAUCAGACUCUGACUCGGACAUGGCGGCAGCGAGUACCGGUAGGACUCAAUCCGAGGAAAUUGAUGAUGUGAAGUUAUCACUUGAAGGCAUCAACCUUCUGCUCAACAAUGGCUUUAAAGAAGCGAUGGAAAUAUUUUCCAAAUACAGACAUUAUAGCCCUUUGAUGAGUGCAGGGUCUAGCUUUGUCAGUUUUAUGAAUGCCCUGAUGACUUACGAAGACGACAAGCUGGACGCCGCCAUGGAAGACAUCAAGGAGACGGACAAACUGUGCAAUUCGUACCAGGAUGGUUUCAUGAAGUCCCUCAAACACAGGAUCCUGAAGAAGGAUUCCUCAGAGUCCAAGCUCAGCGUCGAGGAGAGGCUACAGAGGAGGAUCCUCUCUGCAGAUUGUCAGCUCUACAUGGCCAUGCUCAUCUUCUCAAGGAAUGAGGUCACAGGGUUCAUCAAGGGCGGAUGGUUAAUUCGUAAGGGCUACAAGCUCUACGAGAAAGCCUAUCGGGACAUUGGUAAAGUCUACGAAGCCCGUGGGGAAAAGAUGGAAGAAACACCUGUGAUGCUCGUGGAAGAUGCCUCGGCCGCCCUUGAAAUGGAGCCAAAUUCAAAUUCCAUGUCAGCCGAAAGUGCCUCCAACCACAAUAAUGAGGUCGCGACCCUUGACCUCGAGGACGAUGCCUCGUUGAGCCAGAAGGACCUUGUGGCCGUGGAAGAAGAUGCCUUGGCCAGGUUGAAAGGGGGCGUGUCCUUUGGCUAUGGAGUCCUGCAGCUGGUGAUAUCCAUGAUGCCUCCGAACCUGUUGAAGGUUGUCAAUCUCCUGGGCUUCCAUGGAAACAAAGAGUUUGGUCUAAAAUGCCUGGACACGGCUAGUCACAGUACUGAUAUGAAGGCCCCCCUGGCCAUGUUAACUCUCCUGUGGUACCACACGGUAGUCCGUCCCUUCUUUGGUAUUGACAGUAAGAACAAGGCUUCCUGUAUCCAGGCAGCUCAGAAGAUCCUCGGAGAGAGGAAGGCAGCGUACCCUAACUCGGCAUUAGUGAUGUUCUAUGAAGGAAGGGUACAGAAACUUGAGGGCAACUUGGACGGUGCCUUGAAAACGUAUGAGGCUGCAUUGGAAGCCUGCUCAGAACAGAGAGAGAUUCAACUUAUAUGCCUUUAUGAGCUUGGAUGGUGUAAUCUGAUGCGGCUCAAUUGGGAAGAGAGUCUGCUCGCGUUCGCCCGGUUAAAAGAGGAGUCUAGGUGGGCUCAGAGUUACUAUGCAUACCUCACCGCAAUUUGUCAGGGAGCACUUGGUCAGGUGGAGACUGCCCAGGAGCUCUUCAGAGAAGUUCCAGGCCUUACCAAGAAGAAGAACAACCAACUUGAGUCCUUCGUCCUCCGGAAAUCCAACAAGUUCAAGAAGAAACUGCCGACCCAGGCCCAAGCUAAACUAAUGGCCAUUGAAGUGCUUUAUCUGUGGAAGGCAAUGCCUGAUUGCAAGGAAGAAGCCUUGAGGCUUAUGCUGAAGGAGUGUGAUGUUGCUGAAAGUGACAAGUCUCACAGAACCUUAAUAUCACUUCUAAAAGGUGCAAUACAUCGUUGCCUUGGAAAUGUUGAGAUUGCUAUGCAGUGUUUUGAGGAUUGUAUGUCAAGGUCUUCUUCCAAAGAGCCUGAAGCCCAUGCUGCCCCUUACGCCUGCUUUGAGUUAGGAGCAAUGCUAGCUGGAGGUCAAGCGACUGCAAGCAAAGGAAAGAGUCUCAUUCUAAAAGCAAAGGACGGUUACAAAGACUAUGACUUUGAGCAGAGGCUGAGUGUUAGGAUACAUGCCGCCUUACAGCAACUGAAAGGGGUCGACUAACCGACUGUCUUUCCUAACGAACAGCACAACUACUCAUCUAUCUGGGACAGUACCAAAUAUUUUCAUCAAGAUUAGGAUACUUGUAAGUCAGCAGUGAUCCAUUGUUUUUUUUUAAUCAGACAAGGAAAUUACUGGAAUUUGUCAUCGACUAUCAAUGUUAAUAUAUUCAGAUAUUAGUAGACCUUAUGCAUAUGACAUCAUCAUCUCAUAGCGCCCUCCCUCGGAGGAUGUAAGAAUGUGUGUAAAUGGAGUUGUCAGAGAAGGGCCAGCUUCUGAUAACCAACACAUGCAAGACAAUAGCUUCAGCCUCUAAGAUAGCAGCGCAGUCCAUCAAUGAAUAAGGUCUGUCUUGGUAACAGGGCACUCAAAGUAGAGGCAUCGUCUAUUGGGAAUGAAAUCAGAAUAAUUAAUGUACUUGGAUUUUGACCCAUCUUCUUGUAUAGAAGUGCGGCAGGUGCAUUGGCUAUUUAGAGUGCGAGAAGUAGCAGAUAAGACUUGUGUAUUUAUGGUAUAACAGAAAUAUUUCACGAGUUGGGGAAUAUUGCACAAAUCCUAAGUGACAAAUAUCGGCCCUCACGAGAGAAAUAUCUCUGAUAUCCCAUGAAGAAAAGCCAUUAAAUAAAGUGAUUAUUUUCUCAUGACCAUUAUUUGUUAGACCAUGCAAUAUGGCAUGAUAUCGCACGACAAGUCUUGUACAUGAGCCUAUGGGGAAUAUGUCAGAUUUCUGUGCAUCGUGCUAUAUGCUGUGAUAUUGCACGGUCAAAUCAUGCAGACUAAACUACGCAAUUUUGGUGCACUACUAAUACACCAUUUAGAGAUAACAGUAGCCCAAAUUCAUCAAGGUGGUCUUGAAAACCAUCAGUUGAAUCCAUGACAUUUCCAGUACUAAUUACGUUUUAAUGUAUAAUGUGUAUGUUAAACAAUAAUUAUUACCAAUGCUGAUGCACGCUUUUAUACAAGAAAUCUGCGUAAACCAUGGGGUUCAACUGAUGUUUUUCAAAACCACCUUUGUGAAUUCGGGCCAAUGGGUUGCAUCUGCUAACACAGAAUCUGAUGGUUUGCUUAAUCAUGACAUGCAGUAUAUCUGAAAUUCACUUACAGACAUUGGUAAUAAAACCAAUGUGGCAUUGCAAUAAACUUGCAAUCAUUUAGGAGUUAAAAAUCAAUCAUAAGUCUGGCAAGCAACUGCAAAUUUGCAUUUUAAUGCUAGGUCCCAUCUUACGAAGUGUUGAUCCGAUCAAUCACAACUAUAGACGACCAGCAACGUUACAAUCUAUUAUGCAUGUUUGUUCAAAAUAUUUUCUUUGUAUAUUCAUGCAUUCUUUGUUUUCAUGAAAAUUCACUGUGCUUCUCUUUGCUUACAAUGAACAUUGCUCAAAUAUACUGUAGAAAAAAUUAUGACAAUGAUGGAUUUCCAUAGUUACAAUUGAUUAGAUCAAUCGUAGCUCUUUGUAAGACAGGGGCCCAGGUCUGCUUCUUGCAUCAAGCAGUUGAAAUCAAUUUGCUCUAGUUACAGUUGAAUCUAUCAAUUGUAAAUUUGCAUCACAGAUUUGCAAAUAUUUGCUUCUAGCACCCACUAAGAGCUUUUAACUAUGGGAUGUUAUUGCAAAAAAUCUGACAUUUAAUGACCACCCAAGAGAGUAGAAAAAGGGUCUUUAUAUUGAACAUGUUUGUGUAGCAUUCUCCCGUGGGGGAAAUAAUCAAGGAAACAACAACAAAAAAGUUUGGUGUGAUUUUUCUUGUGUACUAGUGGCCACUAUUAGGUUUGGCUUAUAUUUUACAGUCAAACCUGGGCCCAGUAACAGAGUUUAGCGCAAUCGCUAAAUGAAAUGACAUAUCAAGACCUGGUUGCAUGCGCAUUUUGCGCAGUAGAUUGACCAGGAACCAGUCAGAAUUGCUCUUUAAAAGUGCUAACCUUUGUGUUAUACUUGAGGUUGAUCAGAUCGAUUGUAACUCUUUGUAAGACAGCUAGGCUACUAUCAUAUUGACUUACAAAAGUCCAUUGGCUCUGUUGGGUAAAAUGUAUCGAUGGAGAGGUGUCAGCUGCCCAUUUCCAGCCGCCUAGCCCGUCGGCUUUUAUUUUUAUAAUUCAUACCUAGACUAUUAUCAUUAUAAACUUGCUUUUGUCCAAGGGUUGAAAUUCAACCAUGGACAGAAGCAACUAGAAUGGGGUAUUUCAAUUGUAACUUUCAUGGGGUGAUUUUGAGGGAGCUUGGGGCCAAACCCGACCAAAGGCCCCCCCCCUCCCCAGCUGACACCCAUUGUCUGACUCCCAGUCAGAGUCUGAGCACAUUUCAGUGGUCUAAUAUCAUGGGAUAAGUGUAGCGAGUCAUGAUGUCGCGGGCUACUAGACUAUUUCUUGAAUAGUGAUGAAUAGUUGAGAGAAUCUGACCCAAGACAAUCUUUUAUAUAACUUGUUAUUGAGGGUAAUUAUCUACAUCAGAUACCAUGGUAACGUCACACAACAGCUGAUAUCAUGCAUGGUAUCCAUGGAAAUUGAUGGCAAAGUUGCCUCCAGUAUGGUAUCAUUUAUGCAGCAUCGUCUUGUAGACUAGCGUGUUUAAAUGUUGCAUGAAGCUGUGAGGCAGGAAGAGAAAGAUUAUAUGAUACAGGUCUUCACAGGAAUUAAGAUGGUGCAUAGAUCAUGCAAUGCAUGAAAAAAAUUCUGCAUUUUUUCUUAUCUUAUGCAAUUUCAAAUUGCUUAGCCAGCUAAGUUAACAGUGUCUUUUGCAAUUUAUGACAAUCAGUAUUUUCCAUUAAUUUGUACACAAAUUUGUGAAAUACAGGGGCUUUUUUCUAAUUGACGUGCAAAUUACAAAUUGAGCCAUGACCUUGUGAACUUUCGUCCAAUUAUCUUAAGCGUGGUACCAAUAGAUGCUUGUGACUUGAAACAAGUAAUGAAACGAUCAGUUACAUUAUUAGAGUAAGUGAGGGGGGGUCAAAGUGACCCCACCCCCAUUUAUUUUAUACCAUAGUUAAGUAAUUUAGUAGUCAGCCAAUAUUGACCAAGGUACUUGUGCAGUAAAUGACUUACAAUGGUUGGCGAAGGCUGAGCACAGCUUUGGGUGAGCGCAGCUUUGGGUAAUAUGGGCCCUGCAAGGCUUCAAUUCAGUUUCAAUUCAAAUCACAAAAGCUAGAAAUAUGGGACAGAUUCUGUUGUUUGUAACAGUAGAAUGGAGUCUGCCCUUGAUAACAGAUGUAUUAAUAAUAAUAAUAAUUAACAUUUAUAUAGCGCUUAAUACAAUAGUUUCUAAGCGCAUUGGAAAGAGAAAAAAGAAGUAGCAAAAUACAGUGAGAGAGAACAGGAUAUGGAAUUAAGAGGACUGCUUAAUGAAGUAAGAUUUGAGGAGUGUUUUGAAAGAUUCGACAGUGGAUUCAUUACGGAUGGAGAUGGGGAGAUAGUUCCAGAGUUUAGGGGCAAGAGCAGAAAAAGCAUGAUCGCCAUAACGGGUAAAAGUGCGGGGUCCUGGAGAUAGUCGAAGGUGAGUAGUAGAAGAAGAUCGGAGACGUUGAGUUGCAGAGGAUGAGUGACAGAGAGAGAUAAGAUUUUGAAGGUAGGAUGGGGCGAGACCAUGGAUGAUUUUAUAGACAAGGAGAAGGAGCUUGAAAAUAAUUCUAUUAUGAACCUGAAGCCAAUGGAGGGAGUAUAGAAUAGGGGUGAUAUGUUCAAAUUUCUUUGUGAGGGCUACCAAUCUAGCUGCAGUAUUUUGAAUUCUUUGAAGGGGGGCUAUACUAGAUUGAGGUAAACCAGCAAGUAAAGCAUUACAAAAAUCUAAAUGGGUUGAUACAAAGGCAUGUACUAUACGUUCAGUAGAUUUAUCAAGAUACUUUCUUAACUUCCCUAUCUUUAAUACAAAUAUACCCCAUUAUGCACAACGACAAACAUAUCUGAUAUGCUGGUUAAGGGUCAAGUUGUUGUCAAUAAUAACUCCAAGGUCCCUUACAGUAUCUGAACCACUGAUAUUUCCAGCGAGAAAAUCUAAACAAGGUAAAUGACAUGAGCUCCUAAACCUAGAGCAAAUAUUCAGCAUCUCAGUUUUUAGUUCAUUGAAAACUUAAAGGUGAAUGUUUCAUGAAACAAAACGUCUGUGAUUCGAGUGUUAGAAGCUACUGCAAAUCCUUGCGUAUGAUUGGUUCAGAACAAGAUAGUUAAAAAGAAAAAAAUCUCUGACUGUUUGCUUCAUGAAACCACUCCCCCUGAACUAGUCUGCGGGCACAGGCACAUUGGUUUUCACGAUUCGCAUAGUGCAUAAUGCAGAGUCUGAAGUAGUGAGACUACAUUUAAAGGUCAAGUCCACCUCAGAAAAAUGUUGAUUUG